CCUGGGUCAGAUCCUCCAUUGUGAGCUGGGAGCCCGGACUUAGCAGCGAGGGGAGAGACCGGCAUUAACCCCCCCUCUGUGCCUAACCCAGAUGCCGGUGACCUUUGAGGAGGUGGCUGUGUAUUUCACCCAGGGGCAGGGGGCUCUGCUGGGCCCUGCUCAGAGAGCCCUCUACAGGGACAUCAUGCAGGAGAACUACGAGACAGUGAACUCGCUGGCAGGUGAAGGGAUGGUGAGUGAGAAUGAAGAGGAGAAUCUCCAGUAGGGAAUUCCUAAGCAAGUGGAGCUGCCAGGGACGUUAUCAGGAAGAUCUAAAUGGAACGGUUCCUGGAGCAUUGACCAGGGAACAUCCCAUAAGAGUCAUUGCAGGUCAGAGAGACAUCAGAGAAACCAAUUGUGAAAGGAAGUAAUUAAAUCCCUUAUUUGUGGGGAAAAGUGCAAAGACCUCAAGGAAACCACAGCCCAGCAGAGAAUCCACACACAUGAGUGGAAAACACCACAUGCACAACGCACAGCAAAAGCUUCAGUUCAGUGUGGAAAAAGAUUUAGUGACAACUCACACCUUAUGGGACAUCAAAGGAUUCACAGAGGAGAGACCCUAUAAAUGCACUGACUCUGGGAGUUAGUUUAGCGUCAAAAGCAAACUUUAUUAUGCAUCAGAGAACCCCCACAAAGGAGAGAAGCCCUACAAAUGACUUUACUAUGAGACACUUUUUUUCAGAUCUCACAUCUUAUUUCACAUCACAGAAUCCACACAGGAGAUAAACCAUAUAGGCCUGUGGGAAAAAUUUCAAUCGGAGGUCAAACCUAGUUUGAUAUCAGAGAGUCCAUACAGGAGAGACACCCUAUAAAUGCACUGAGUGUGGAAAGGAAUUUAGUGAUAAAAUCAUGCCUUAUGGGACAUCUGAGAACCCACACAGGAGAUAAACCCUAUAAAUACCUUGACAGUGGGAAUAGCUUUAGUGACAACUCACAACUUAUUACACAUCAAAACGCACACAUGGGUGAGAGUCCCUAUAAAUGCCUUGACUGUGGGAAAAUAUUCCUUCAAAGCUACAAUCUUCUCGUGCACCAGCGAAUCCAUACAGGGGAAACGCCCUAUAAAUGCCCCGAUUGUGGGAAAGGUUUCAAUCGAAGUGCAAACCUUACUAGACACCAGAGAAUCCACAUAGGAGGAAAUGUGCCUACCAGCCUCGACUCUGGGGAAAAGGUUAGUGAUAAUUCACAACUUACUACACAUCACAGAAGCCACACAGGAGUGAAACCCUAUGUAUGCAAGGACUGUGGGAACAGUUUCAUUCAGAGCUCAGAUCUUAUUGUGCAUCAGAGAGUUCAUACGGGAGAAACACCCUAUAAAUGCCCCGACUGUGGGAAAAACUUCACUCGAAGUUCAACCCUUACUAGACAUCAGAGAACCCACAGAGGGGAAAAAACCCAUAAAUGCCUGGACUGUGGGAAAAGUUUCAUUCAGAGCUCAGAUCUAAUUGUGCAUCAGAGAAGUCAUACAGGAGAAACGCCCUAUAAAUGCUCUGACUGUGGGAAAUAUUUCACUCGGAGUUCCAACCUUACUAGACAUCAGAGAAUCCACACGGGGGAAAAACCCCAUACAUGCCUGGAGUGUGGGAAAAGUUUCAUUCAGAGCUCAGAUCUUCUUGCGCAUCAGAGAAUCCACAUGAGAGGGGAAAAACCAUAAAAGCCUCCACUUGUGAGCAAAAGUUUAGUAACAAAUCACAUCUUACCACAGACUGGAUGACGGAUGUUGGAGAAAGCCCUUAUUAAUCCCUGGAUUGUGGGAAAAGUUUCCGUCAGAGUUCAGUUCUUAUUUCACAUCAAAAGAUCCACAUGGCAGAGCGACUGUAUACAUACUCCAAAUGUGUGAAAUGUUUCAUUCACAGCUCACAGCUUUGUAGACAUCAGAUAGUCCAUGCAGGAGAGAGACCCUAGAAAUCAGUGGCUCUUAACCUUUCCAGCCGACUGUCCUCCUUUCAGGAGCCUGAUUUGUCUUGCAUACCCCAAGUUUCACCUCACUUAAAAAUGACUUGCUUACAGAAUCAGACAUAAACACACAUCCUCUCCCAAGGCCCCCUCCCUACUGCCUGUGGGGUGUGUCUACACAACAGUGUAGGUCUGACCUCAUAUUCAUGCCCAACCCCCCAUUCCGUCUAUACACAAAUUUGCCUGACUUAGGCCAAUAAGCCCUUGGAACCGGGGCCCUAGGACCCGAAAAGGGGGGUGGGUGGGUCUGAGCCCCAGUCCUAUUGGAACUCAGGGUUCACACUGCAUCAUUUUGCAGUGAGGACUUAGCUGGGCCCCAGGUCUUCAGACUCGUGUUCUGAGAGUCCGCUAGUGCUACCCUACAAUCCCAUGGGCCGCUUGGUGUUUGGCCCUGCCAUUGUUCUCUGUCCCCUGAGCUGCAAACAGAGAGAUCCGUCCCCUGCGUUAGCUACGGCCACUGGUAAGAGGAAGGCCUUUGCCCAGUGCACUGGUCACUGGACCAGCGUCAGAUUCUGAUCAAUCUGCGGUGUGAGGCGAGCCAGACAUUUGACGUCAGUCAGAGCACCAGAAAUGAUCAGGUGUACCAGAAAAUAGCAGGGAGCCUGGCAGAGUUGGGGAUUAAACAGACCCAUGACCAGUGCAGGGAGCCAGGGCUGGCCUUAGGGGUCGGUGGGCUGGGCCACUGUGCUUAGGGUGGCGCCGUGCUGGUCUCUCCCACCACCUGACCUGUGGACAGCCAGUGGGCUUAGAGGGAGCCAGACAGGUGCAGCAGUGCCUGGAGAGGGCAGACAGUCAAGCUGCAGUGGGGGUGGCUGGUAACUCCUCUGAAGCGGGGGUGCCCCUCCUCCCCUGCUGCCCUGCUCCACUGGGUCUGCAGCCGCUGCUGCUCCUGCCACCGCCACCCCCAUGGAGUCACCCCCGCCAAGCUCGGGACAUGGAGCCUGCCUCCUGUCUGCUGUGCAGAGUGGGGAUGGGGGGGCUCUGAUCUCAGGGUGUUCCCCUCCCCACACCUGCGUACCCCGUCUCCGCUGAGCUGGGGGUCAAGGGGAGCAUGUGUGUGCUGGUGUCUCUGGGUGCAGAGUGGGUGCUGCCGGUGCUGUUGUUCCAGGUCCUGAAUGCGCUGCUUAAAGAGACAGCGCGCUGACACACUCACUCUGGCACACUCACACUUCCCCGAUACACACACACAGACACAGUCUCAGACACUCCCCCAACACACACACACACACAGACUCACUCCCCCAACACUCUCGCGCACACACGCGCAUAAUAUUGUUGGUACUUCUUGGUAUUUCAAGGCACAUAUAUUCUUUGUAAUUUUAUUCUUUCCAAGUUUGUUAAGGAUCACUGUGCUGUUAUUUUAGUUUUUUAACUGGUCUGUGCAUUUCAUCAUUUUUUUUUCUCUUAUGCUUAAAUUUAAUUCUUUGAGUAGUGAGUUCUAAAAUCCUAACCUGUCCUGGCGGGAGUACUUAUCGUUAGUACUUUUAUUACCAGAUCGUGCUUUGUCAUUCGUUAUUUAAAGUAGUACAAUCAAAUAAAAGUGCCCUCCUAGAAUGUAAAUGUAGCUUGUAGUCACCUGAGCAACGCCAGUUCAACAAAAAAAAAUUAGCUAAACACAUAACUGUAGACACUGUGCAGAUGAAGGGCGCUUAUUUUCAAAGGGUAUUUUUAGUUAUAUCUGUAAAAUAACUUCAAAUUAGUAGGAAAAUAAAUGCGGUUCCGAGUCUGAUACUAAUAGUAAUGAUGGACUCAAAUGUUAGUGAGUCACGUACGUGAUUGUGAUCGGUAAAUAUAAACGCCAAAAUAAUUAGAAAACUAAAUUCCCGUUCUUAAUAAAAGAGGGGGAAAACCUUUACUCGCAUAUGUUAAAAUUAAGUAAAUACGUUUUGAGUGGAGUAUAAAACAAUUGACUAAAAUAGAGGAGAUAAUGGCAGUAACACACUGGGUCUGUUAGAGAAAGCAAGCAGAUUUUAAGCAGAUUUUAUUUAUUUUUAUAAUCUGCCAAGUAUCACACUUGUGUUUCUGAUACCUGUGUUAAAGUUCCAAGAAUUGAUCCCUCAAGGCUUGGGAUUGGGACUAUCUUGCUGUAUCGUCUCCUGAUUGUUCUAAACUUCCAUAUAAACUUAAAAUGUGGCUUUAA